AUGACAAGUAAACUAAAUGCUUUCCUGGCUUCCGUUCCUGCCAAUGCUACUACAUCUGGACCACCUAAAUCAGCCCCCGCUGCACUGAGUUUUUCACAUCUAGAGUCAAUGACGGCACCUGAGAACGUCAGUUCUUUUACGCCAACUACACCAAAACUGUCAAUACGAUGUCAUCAACGGCUGUCAUCGCAAUGUGAAUACAACGCAAGUCAAAGCGUUCAAGUGGACGCAAACAGUAUGAAUCUGAAACAGGAUGAACCUGUGGACGAUAGGAACGUGAGACGACCAUCGCCACUUGAAAGUUUUAUGGCUAUUCAAGCGACUGCAGCCAAAAUGAAGGUGAAAAAGAGGACAAAUAACGUAUCGACUUUUAAUCUCAUGCCCACCAGCAGCGGCACGAAACUGGACACCAAACCGGAAGCGGAACCUAUGCGUAUGGCCAGUAGACAGGGUUUGCAUCGCCGUCGCGUAUCCACUGACACAACCCUGUUCAAUCGUUAUUUGCGUCAACAAGCAGACCGCGAUAUCAGCAGCGAGACAGUGGAAUACUUUGCUAGUAUACCCAUCAUAACUGCCACUGCAGUUGUAGCAGAAGCUCUGGAGAGUGAGACGAAUAAUGACAACAUUAUCACAGAGAAGCAGGAUAUCCACGUGCUGAAACCAGACGAAAUUUUGGCAGUAUUUCUGCUGGGAAAUACCGUCCCUGUGGGUAGCGCGCUAGAACUUGUACAACGCGCUACCAAACUCAUGUCGUUGGAACAGAACGUCGUUUCUAUACGUGCACCGUACACUCUAGUGGGUGAUCUCCAUGGCCAGUUUCAAGACUUGUUAGAGCUGUUUCGCGUUCACGGCUCGCCGGCUGUUGACAAUCCGUUUUUGUUUCUCGGAGAUUACGUGGAUCGCGGCAUUUCUUCCUGCGAAAUAAUUUUGCUCCUGUUGGCGUAUAAAGUAGCUUCUCCCGAGAGUGUACAUUUGCUGCGUGGUAAUCACGAGUGCCGCAGUUUGAGUACGUUUUACGGUUUUCGUGCAGAAUGUUUAAAGAAAUAUGGGCCUGUGAUGUAUAACCGCAUGAUUAAAUGCUUUGAGAGUAUGCCACUGGCCGCACGACUUGAGACAGCUCAUGGCGCAUUCCUCGCUGUGCAUGGCGGACUAUCACCAGACAUCAUGUUUGUGGAGGAUAUCAACUAUCAAGUUAAUCGCUUUAUGGAACCAGAACCGAGCGGAGCUCUGUGUGACUUGCUAUGGUCAGAUCCAGCUAAAGGUGAGGCACAAGAACAGGAGUGGGCACCUAAUGGUACGCGUGGCUGCUCCUUUACGUUCAACGAGCACACAUGCCGCAAGUUUUUACGACGUAACAAUCUUCUUGCUAUUAUUCGCGCUCACGAGCUGGCAGAAGACGGCUACAAAGAGCACUUUUGUCACGAAGCGGAUCGCUUAGAAGAGGAUGAAGUUGGAGGAUUAGUUUUACCUGCAGUUGUGACAGUCUUUUCUGCUCCAGAGUAUUGUAAUACAAACCACAAUGUUGGAGCGACUUUGAAGAUUCCAUGGGAAAAGCAAAAUGGCCGCUUGCUGCAAUACCAGCAGCACAAGCGUAGUCAACAUUUCGAGUUUGAAUUCACUCGGCCGAGUGAACAUGAGGCGGUCGUGGCGUUUUUGGAAAAAAAUUUACCGUUUUUGCCGAUUGACUUUUACAAUUUGGUAAAUGUGUGCCGGCAAUUGCGGUUCACACUUGAACGGGCAGCCAGUAUGGCGUCAGAGUCGCCUCAAACGUUGUCGUUGGUUUCUUCGCUGUGUGCGCCAUCUACUUUCCUAGCAACAAAACUCGGGGAAGACGUGGAGAUUUCCGUGACCCCGCUAUGUUCAGUUUCGAUAAUUGAUGCGAAAGGUAAGGACAUUGAGCGUAGCGCUAGAGACGUUCACGAAGUAGUCAGCGAAUCGUUGCAAGAUUGGGAAGUUGUUGCGGAAACGAAAUGUACUGAGGCUGCUAAGGCCAAGAAAUUGAAGCAAAACAUUCAGAAGGAAGUGAGGAGAAAGGAACUAAAGAUGAAGUUGCAAAACAAGCAGAAGGAGAAGAAGUGGGGCACAAAUCGAAUUGUAAGCGGCUGGAAGUUUUGUCCCGGUUUCGUGCGCUUCUACGAUCGGUAUUUUGCUCGGGAUUGUGUAAAUAAGUGCGGGUCCGAGAUUACUUCUGGUUCAAUUCAUUUAGACAAGGGGGCAAUUUGGAUACCCUCUUCGAAGCGCUCAGCUUCCAUCGAUGAGGCCGUAACGGACAGCGAUGCUAACGACACUGUUACGGAAAACGUUAGUCCUGUUAGACGGAAGAGCAUGACGGACUGGAUGCCAGUGCCGUCGUUUGAGCAGGUGGCGCAGCUAACCAAUACUCUUCAGGGUCACAUCCCUUUUCAGGGAAGCGGCAUUAAUGUAUUUACGAAGGCGCAAUGGCAAGCCUUAAAGUUAAGCUUUUCAAUUCUGGACCUCGACGGUAGUGGUGUUCUUGUCGAAGAAAGCUUUGUUGUUCUUCUCGCUGAGCAAGAUAGCGAUGCUUACGCGACUGAAGAUGAGUUAAGUCUUUUGAUGGAAGUCAUGGACUGCAACGCAGAUUGUAUAAUUACUCAGCAAGAUUUCUUGCUAUUUGCAUACCGUGCGUUGCUACUGUGGAAGAAGGCUCUGCAUAGCUCUGGUUAG